UGCUCGCACACCUUGCCCCCUUGCUCGCCCCCGCCCGCGAUACACCCCCGACUGACACCCAGGGGACAGCGCCUCACCACUCUUCAUAGCACGGGCGACCAUCUGUAGCUCUCGGCGAGCUGUCAACUCGAAAACUCACUCACACACACUCCCCCUCUCCUCCAGCCCACACCCUUCACCCAUCAGCCCCGUUUAGACCAUGCCAUUCACCUCCGACUACCCCGACGUGACGCUCCCCGAAGUCGGGAUCUUCGAAUACCACUUCCCCGCAAACCCGCAGUUCGACCCCGACCUCCCCGCGUUCAUCGAUGGUAUUGACGGGCGCACAAUCACCCGCCGCGAGCUGGAGGACGGCGCGCUCCGCCUGGCCACCGGGCUCCGCAGUCUCGGCUUGAAACGUCACGACGUGGCCUGCAUGUUCGGCCUCAACUCGCUCGAGUGGGUCCGUGCCGCCUACGGCUGUAUGGCCGCGGGCAUGACCGUCUCGCCGGCGAACUGGGCCUACUCGCCCAAAGAGCUCGCGCACCAGAUCAACGACUCGGACGCGCAGAUCAUCUUCAUUGCCCCAGACUUGGUGCCCAAGUUCGACGAGACGAGGCAGUACCUCAAACGGUCGUUCCCCGACUCGCGCGUCGUCCUGAUGGCGACAAAGGAGAACCAGCCGAUCGUGAAGCGCUACAAGGUCGUCACUGAGCUGUACGGCACCCGGGGCAAGCCCGAGCGCUUCUCGGGGAAGCAGGCGUACGAGACGACCUGGCUGUGUUACUCGUCCGGCACGACUGGCCUCCCCAAGGGCGUCAUGACCACCCACCACAACUUCACCUCGCAGCUCCAGGCCCUCAAGGUCGCGUGCCAGCAGCUCACGCCGCAGGACGCGAUGCUGGCCUUUGUCCCUCUCUCCCACACGUACGGCUCGACCAUGGUCCUGCAGCAGCCCUUCUCGAUGGGCUGCCCCGUCGUCCUUCUGCCCAAGUUUGAGGAGCAGGCUGCUCUCGCAGCAAUCGAAAAGUACAAGAUCACGCACGGCCUGAUCGUGCCGCCCAUCGUCAUCGUGCUGCUCCACUCCGAGCUCGUGCCGAAGUACGACCUCCGGUCGCUGCGGACGCUGAUGUGCGCCGCGGCGCCGCUCGGCGACGAGCUCACCAAGGCCUUUGAAUCAAGGUUCCCGAACUGCGUCGUGACCCAGGGCUACGGCCUGACCGAGACCACGCCCAUCAUCACCUGCUUGACGGGCGAGGAAGUUGUGGGCCGGAGUGGAUGGGUCGGGCGUCUGCUGCCGACGUACGAGGCGCGCCUCGUCGACCCGGACGGGAACGACGUCACGACGCCGCUGGAGCGCGGCGAGCUGUGGGUGCGCGGGCCCUCCGUCAUGAAGGGGUACCACAAGAACCCGGCCGCGACGGCGAACACGUUCCACGACGGCUGGUUCAAGACGGGCGACGUGCUCAUCCGCUCCGAAGACGGGUGGUACAAGGUCGUGGACCGCGUCAAAGAGCUCAUCAAGUACAAGGGCUUCCAGGUGCCGCCUGCGGAGCUUGAGGCGCUGCUGAUGACCCACCCCAAGAUCAAGGACACGGCUGUGGUGGGCAUCUACGACAAGAGCCAGGCGACCGAGCUGCCGACGGCGUACGUCGUCGUCGGCAGCGACGUGGACACGAGCGACGAGGGCCGCGCCGCGUUCGACAAGGAGAUCCAGGCGUGGGUGGCCGCGCGCGCCGCGCGCCACAAGCGUCUCGGCGGCGGCGUGUGGAUCGUCGACGAGAUCCCCAAGUCUCCGUCGGGCAAGAUCCUCCGUCGCUUCCUCCGCGACAAGGGACAGGCCGAGCGCGACGCCCGUGUCGCCCAGGGCGUCCAGGCCAAGCUCUAGUGUGGGAGGUCGGUUGCAUAUGGUAUGGCAUAGGAGAUCCAGCGCCGCACGCAGCGGCGCCAGGUAGUUGUAGAGCAGGUUUCCACGAGACUCGAUAUACUCUGGGAUGCAUCGAUCUGAAGUCAAGUUGCAGAAGUCGGCAGCGGAAGAGCGAAGUGAUGCAGAAGCCAAGUUGCUUCAAGGUGCAACUUGCGGCCGACGCCACGCUGUCGAAAACACGUCGUGUAAGCAGUGAGUGGCAUAAAGGGCGCAGUACGAGCAUGUGGAAGUACUGUACAUGCAUGUCGUAGGCUGCGUGGCGCACACUUGGAUCCAACUGCGUACUGAGCGUCUAACUAGCAUCAGCGCAA